UCAGCAGAACUGUGAGUGAUGUGGAAAGAUGCUGUGUUUUUACAGGGUGUUGUGGGUGAUGUGGGUGAGAGAGGACCGCCUGGACCGGACGGAAACGAGGGACCUGUUGGGGGAACCGGCAGCGGGGGUUUCCCGGGUCUCAGAGGUGACGCCGGGCCUGAGGGACCUCGUGGAUUUCCAGGAAUUGUGGGACCUCAGGGCCUGAUGGGAGGGGUGGGACCACCUGGAAUGAAAGGUGAUAAGGGAGAACCUGGAUUCAGAGGGGAACCUGGAGAAACUGGUUACCAUGGCGACAAGGGAACGUUUGGGAAUCCCGGACCACCAGGACCUCGUGGAAAACCAGGCCCCCCUGGAAAGAUGGGGGAACGUGGACCACAGGGACCUCCGGGACCACCGGGACCUGAGGGUUUUCCAGGAGACAUCGGUGCACCAGGACCAAACGGCCCCCUGGGACCAAAGGGUAUUCAAGGAGUCAGGGGCCCCCAGGGACCACCAGGGCCAAAAGGAACAGAGGGAGAUGAAGGCCCCCCGGGUCCGCCUGGAAGUCCUGGUCCCACUGGCAGACACGGUCGAAAAGGUUUGAUUGGAGAACCUGGACCUGAAGGUCUGAAGGGGGAAACCGGUGAUCUCGGGAAUGUUGGGAAAAUUGGCCCUCCUGUAAGUAGAAGUCUGUCUGUCUGUCUAACAAACUAUUUGCCUAGCAACCACUCACAACGCAAAACAAUUUAAACAACCA